AUGGACCUGCCCGGCGUGCUGUUCUCUUCGCUGAAUCCGUUGUCUGUCAACUUAAUUGCCUUCUUCUGGUCAUAUGGAAACGAAGUUGGCACGAUGUCUGAAGAAAUCACGUUUCGGCAGCUAGGCGUAGGAGCCCAGGAAACCAGAGACGAAGGGCGUGAUCAUGUCGUCUUUCAGGAACCAAACUUCGAUGGCGAACAACAACAAGAGCGUCCCCGUCCCAAGCACGCACUAAAUGGAGCCACCGAAGUCGCUCCAAAAACCACAGCUAGCCAUGGCUUGAGAGCUAAUGGAGGAAUUGAGGAUGCGAACGCACCGGACGAUCACAGUGACAACAGCGCCGGCGGAGGCGACGAGAAAUUGGACUCACAAGCCAAAGAUAACGCGCUUGGGCACACACCGUCACUCGCGUUGGCUCCUACGCAAUCCAUCAAAGAAGGAGAAGCUCACAGAGUUGUAAAGAAGAAAACGUACCUUCACCAAUCGAGCAAGAUGUACUCAGAGCGAAUUCGCACGCAUACGUUCCUUGCUAAAUGUCUUGCGGUUGCGCAGAAUAUCUGGACUAUGGUGUCGACGUUUCCGUACUGGGAUAUGGCAUUUUGGUCUGGCUUCGCAUACGCUGUCGGUUCCGCAAUGUUCAUCGUCGACGGCGCCUUCGCUUUCGGUCCGCUCGCUUCCCCGAACCGAUACUGGCCUGAGGGAGAAGACAAGUAUGCCGGUCCGAUACUGUUCUUCCUCGGGGCGGUCGUCUGCUACCAGACAGGUGCUGUCAUGGCUUAUCUUGAAGCUAUAAACGACGGCUGUUUCGCGGGUGUGGCUAUGAAGCGUUUCUGGAUAGAAGGUAGUGACGAAGACAAGAAGAAACUUCUCGACGCGAAGCUCCAUACCUUCUUCGGCCAUAUCAUCCCCCAUCACCACCAUCACGACUCCGACGACCCGCAUACAAACGAUGAUGUUGGUAAGAAGACUCGAGCAGAUGUUUGCGGCGGCGAUGGUACGAAUGUAGAAGCCAUGUGGCGAACAGCUACCAAUCGUGACGCUGAGGCGCAGCCUGAUCCUGUGCAGCCCACCCCAUCUCGUCGUCAAGCAGUCGACCAUGGGCCCGGCGACCAUGAAGCCUUCAACGAGUAUAUGACAUGGCGCUGGUGGCCAACCUGGCACGCGUUGAGGACAUAUCAUGUCCGCGAACUGGGCUACGUCGCUUGCAGCAUUCAGCUCCUAGGCGCUACGUUGUACGGCGUCACUGGCAUCGUGGUUUUACCGGGCGUGCUUUCUAGUCUCGCAUGGUGGCAGAAGAUCGCUGCCUUCUGGGUUCCCCAAGUGGUGGCUUCGGUCUGCUUCUUGAUUGCCGCGAUCAUGUUCACGAUCGAGUCGCAAGAUGUGUGGUAUAAACCCAUACCAUGGACUGUUCGAUGGUGGAUCGGAGGAUGGGCCGCGAUUGGAUCUGUGGGCUUCUUGUUGUGUGCAUGCUUCGGCCUGGGGUCGCACAAGUAUACUUGGUGCGAGUAUCAAAGCGAUCUUUCCAGUACGUGGGGCUCGGCAAGCUACUUAUUCAGCUCGUUGCUACAGUGGUACGAAGCCGUUGGUGCGGGUCCUGUGCUCGCCUUCCCAAACAACCGCACGCCGGUCUUGAUGAGGAAGGCGAAAGUCACCACGUGA